AUGGGGCCUGAAGAAGACGAAGAGUCAGCAGGUGAACUUCGCUGCUUCUCGCAGCUGUGUUGCGGCAGCCAAGAUGACACUGUAGGUGGCUGUACGCAGCAAGCGGCCCCCGAUGGCCCCUUGGGGGUUCAGCUUCAAGGAACUUCCGAGGGACGACUGGAAGCGUUUUCCCCUCCGUCUUUGCCGCUUUUUGGUUGGGAGGAUCUCCGAGUUGACAGCACCUUCACCUCCACCGCUGCUGGGGAUCCCCCUGAGGCCCCAGGGGCCCCAAGGGGUCCCCAGGAGUCCCAAGGAGGCCCCUGGACCUCUAGGGCCACUGCAGGGGGCAGAGAGAUGCUAAGCCUUUCGAAGAGCAGCAUUCCCGGCGAGCCGCGAAGCAGAUUUAAGGGAGCAUUCAAAGCGUCUUCAAGCGGGCCCGAAGUGAAAUCCGCAGAGUGCAGCAUAGCGGACUUGAACGGCAGCAGCAGCACCGCUACCGGCAGCAACAAAAGCAGCAAUGGUGAAGGAAACUGCCAGUCAGAGAAGCAGAGCCGACGCCCUGCAUCUAUUGCCUUUUACUCCACAGGCCUUGCUGCGGUGACUGCAGCUGUUGCUGCUGCAUCAGAACCAGCACCAGCUGCAGCAGCAGCAACAGUAACUGGAACCGAAGGCAAGCGCGACCAGAGAGGUAAGGGUGGAGCCAGUGCUCUCUGGUUGCGGCCCUCUGAGCUGUCUUUGUUGGCCCAAAUGAAAGCUCAAGCAGAAGUAGCAACUCCGUCACAGAUUCAUGCAGCAGCAGCAGCUGCUGCUGCUGCCUUCCGGAAGAGGGGAGUGGGCGCAACCGCAGCGGCAGGGGCAGCAGCUGCAACUGCAGGGGCAGCAACUGCAGAGGCAGCAACUGCAGCAUCUGACACUGCUGAUGAAGCUGAUUGUGCGGCGGAAGCAGCGCCUUCAGCAUCAGCAGCAGUACCAGCAAUGCCGACAGCAGCUGCAGCACCAGCAGAACCUGCGGCAGCAGCAGCGGCUGCUGAAGCACCAAAUGCUUCCGACAUUGCAGCCUUUGCUUCCAGCGUCGAUCCACCUCACUUGCCGUGCGAGAGGGGGGAAAACAAGAUUUCGGGUUCUUUGUCAUCCACAGGUCUUGCUGCUGCUGCUGCUGCUGCUUCCCCAGCCGCUGCUCCCGUUGCUGCCGCUGCUUGUGCUGCUGCUGCAACGGCUGCGUCUCACGCCCGUCUGCCUCAUACAGAUCUGCAGCAAGCUCACGCUCCCGCGUCCACAGACACAGCUGCCAGCCAAGGCCCUCGCAGGCAGCUGGUGGGGUCCCCGAAAGAAAGCCUUCUUGAAGGGGGCCCCCUUGGGCGGCUCCCACUUGCGGGCGAAGGGGCUGUUGAAGGGCUUUACGGGACAGCCCCUGUGGUUUGCGGCAGUUGGAGUGAGGCGGACAGCCAGCAGACACACAGAGAAGUGGUCUGGCAAGUUUACCAGUUAGAAGCAGAUGAACUGACCCAACACACUCAGAAGGAACUGACAAGCAAGCCUGCAGCAACGGAUGCAGCUGCAAAAAGGCAUGCAGCUACAGCAACGCAUGUAGCAGCAGCAACGGAUGUAGCAACAGCAACGGAUGCAGCAAAUGCAACGGAUGCAGCAGCAGUAACGGAUGCAGCAGAUGCAACGGAUGAAGCAGCAGCAACGGACGCAGCAGAUGCAACGGAUGCAGCUGCAGCAACGGACACAGCUGCAGCAACGGAUGCAGCCAGGGAAACGAAUGCAGCAGAAGCAACGGAUGCAGCGGCAGCAACGGAUGCCACGGCAGCAUCAAGCAGCACAGGAGCAACGGACACAGCAGCAGCAAAAAGCGACACGCUGGCGAUGGAUGCAGCAGCAAAAGUUGCGGCUGCAACAGAGGCAGCAGCAACUGAGACAGUAAUAGAAGCUGCAGCAGGAGAUACAGAGCUGGAUAUGGAGGCCGGGGUGCUCCCUGCAACGCAGCAUACGGAGAGGGACCAGUCGCCGCCCUCUGUCCCAGACAAAGCAGCAACACCCGUUGCUGCUGCUUCUGCUUCAUCUGCUGAUGAUAAUGGCUUUUUAUUUCCUUCUCAAGGUGCCAAUACAACCCUUGAGAGUUCCUCGCCGGCAGUUGGUGCGGCGGAAGCAGCAGCAACUCGCUCGCAUGCUGCUGUCCCUGCUUCCCAGCAGGUUGCUGUUGCCGUUGCUGCUGCUGUUGUUGCACCACAAGAAGUUGUUGCUGCUCCUGAUGUUGAAGUGGGAGACAAUAAGCGCUUAAGAGAUGCAGGUGCCGAUAGUGCGGCUGCUACCGCUCCCCGGUGUAGAGAAACUACACUAUUGGCAACAAACUCGCAGCACGUCGCCAUGAACACCGCAGGACUAACCGCAGCAGCAGCAGCGACAGCAGCAGCAGCAGCCGCAGUAGGAGCGAGAUUUGCCCCAAUACUCUCUCAGGGCUCCUACAGCGAACCGUCGACGCCGCGACGGUCGCUGGCGAGGGCAUCAUCAGCGGUAGCAGCAUCGUCGUCAGCAGCAGCAGCAGCAACGCGAGGCAACUCGCCUUCGUGUCCUGCUGUUAGCACUAUACCCUCUCCCUAUGUGACGCCUAUCAGGGUACGGGGGCCACAUGAAGGUAGCGGGAGAAGCUCGGGGCCCCCCACUCCUUUGUCUUGUUGCUCAGGUUCCGGAAAGGGGCGCCUGAAGUCGUCAGCUCGACUUGCUGCUUCCUCCCUUAGCCGUGCAGCUGUAGAGGCCACAGCCAAGAGGUUUAGUCGGCUGCCGCUGGGAGGGGAAGGCUGCAUUAGCCCUUUAAAAAGAAGGAAAGCAAGCAAUCAAGUGCAACUAACACAGCAAGAAGCAGCGGGCGACAGCAGCAGCAGCGCCAGCGGGUUCCCGGUGGAUCCGUACACUACUGCAACAAGUGAAAAACGUGGGAUAGUAAAGACGGAACGUACCGGAGAACCUGAGCCGCGGCAGCAGCAGCAACAGCAACAGCAGCCAGAACAGCCCCAACAACAACAGCAGCAGCAACAGAAGGCACAAGGACAAGAGCAACAGCAGCAGCUACAACAGGAACGGCAGCAGCAGCAGCUUUUGUCACAACCAAGACUUACGGGUGAAGAGCCCGCCAUAUUACCCCAGCCUUUUUGUGACUACACAAGGAAAGCUAAAAGGCAAGGCGUGGUCAACUGCAGCCCAGAUGUUUCAGUUCUGGGAAGCCCCCAGAAACUCUUGGAGGCAUCUCAAACUCGCCUAGGGGUCCCUGAGGAGCCUCCAAAGCACCCCUCCCUGUGUGAGUCCAAGCUGCAAGCCCUACUUAACAAGGGGCUAUAUGCCUUUCAAGUUGAAAGUCUCUUGUGGAUGCUAAAGAGGGAAAGGCGGCUGCCGGAGGAAGUCCCCGGGGCCUCCUUAAGGUAUUCUGGGGCUCUGGAGCACAAGGGUGGCCUCCUUGCAGAUGAGCCUGGGCUGGGCAAAACAAUCCAGGUGGUGUCCCUAAUUGUCGCCACUUCCGGCUUGUCUCUAUUCUCUCAAGAGCCUCUUCAGGCGUCGGGGAAUGCUUUCGAGACUGCCUCUAGGGCCCAGAUGGCUGACGCCCAGGGUCAUCCAGGGAGCGCAACAGAGGCAUUAAGAGACGCAGAGAGGCCCUUACGGUCGCUUGUGCUAUCUCCCGCCUCUCUGGUUUCUCAGUGGGAAAGAGAAAUUCAGAAGAUCGCUGGCAGGCAAAUAUCAGUGCUGAAUGUAACGUCGCGAAUAAAAGAAACAGGGUCACUCCUCACGCCCUCUGUUUUACAAGGCGUGGAGGUAGUUUUGGCGUCUUACGAGGCGCUGAACACCGCCGAGUGCCUCUGCAAACCCCCGCGGCUCAGCAAAAAACGUGGGAAGCAGCAGCAGCUGCGACAGCAGGUUGAGCAUGAGGGGGAAGACGAUCCGUCGUGCUGCAGCUCUUCUGGUGUUGAUACAGCUGACUCAGAGGGGACUCCAGAAUCCAAAGUGCCUCCUUUUCACUCCCCCGUUGAAUCUCCAAGACUUGCGCGGUGCACCUGCGAAUCCGGAAGUCCAUUUCCUGCUGCUCAUACACCGUCGCCUUUUCGUAGGAAGCUGCCUAUACACCCGAGUGGACCAGACGAGCGGCUAUCUGUACGCAGAGGCGUUACAGCCAUCAGCAGCUCCCCUGUGCACCAAGCAAGGCCUCCGCAUACGCCCCGCCGCACUGCAGUCGCAUUGUGGGGCCCACAAGGACCACGGUGCUCCUGCGUCCGCUGCUUUCUCUUGGGCUUCAGGUGGGAACGGUUGGUUUUAGACGAAGUCCAUCUCCUUUCUCGCCGCCGGUGGCUCGCGAGCACCGUAAAAGCCAUAUGGGCUGUUUACCGGUGGGGGCUCACGGCCACCCCGGGAAGCUUUCGGGUCUCCAUGGCCUCCGACGAGGGAGAGAAGCUCAGUGCAUUGUGGGACCGCGCAGCACUAAUGCGUUUGUUGGGGCUGCUGGGCGUGGCUGAUGAGCAGGAGAGAGGACAGGCCGAAAAUGAGGUCCAGUUUAGUGUUUGUUUUUGUGAAACCAAAGAGGCAGAGGAGUCCUGCAGGUGUAUAUGCACUGGAGCAGGCACAGAAACAGGUGCAGGUGGGAGCGACAUGGGCAGGCUUGUGCUGCGAAGAACUCAUGCUGCGUUAAAGUUCUGGGCAAGAAGAGGCAAGCAAAUAUGCACAGGAGCGCACAAACAGCUGCAGCGCAUGCGGGUGCAGUACCUGCUACGACACCCGACGCUGCCUGCGGUGGAAAUGACAUUCCAGAGACUCAAAUUUGUCUUUCCUGAAGAGGCUGAGCUGUACAGAAACACCGAGGCUGCGGCAAAGCAACAGAUGGCAGCUGCCAGCGGAUCAGCAGCAGCUACAACAGCAACAUAUGCAAGAGCUUCACUCGAGUGGAUGGUACGCCUGCGGCAAGCAUGCCUGCACGGCAGCCUCGUGCAUGGACACGCUCACUACAGCCCCCCUGCAACACAAGGCUCUCCACUGUGUUUCAGUAGCUGGGAGGACACAAGUACGAUAGGAGGUCCACCGCUGCAGCGGCGGCGUCGACUUUCUGUGAGAUCAUGCGGGCAGCCGACGGAAAGACAACAAUUUCGAAAUGGGAGUAAAGGCGUGCAGCACCCCCAGCAGCAGCAGCAGCAGGGAGAAGAAAUGGCUGUGGGCUGUAGCCCUCCAACUGCUUUUAGUGUUGCUGCUGAAGCUGCUGAGCUCAGGUCACGUCCCAGCACAAAAGCGAAGGCCAUUGCGUCUGCUUUAGCAGCAAUACUGCGAGUUGAUCCCAUGGCUAAGGUGCUCAUUAUGUCCGCCUUUUCUUCCUUUCUAAACUUACUCGAACUGUACCUAACCAGCAUAUAUGGCUCCCAGCAGCACCCGCAAAAGCACGCGCUGCAGCAGUCGCUGGCUGCCCGAGACAGUUCCGCUGCAGAAAUAUUCAAAAUAACGGGAGAUACGACUAUUGCAAGCAGGGCCAUGACUAUAAGCAAAUUUGCAUCAGAAAGGCACGCGGCCAUCAUGCUCGUCUCAGCACUCGCCACCGCACAUGGGGUGGAUGGACUCCAGUGUAGUCCUCUAUCGCUGGGCUACUUAUGCAGAGGGCCAUGUGAGUUCGGCAUACUAAUGGCUAAGGCGAAUAUCUUAUACCGCAUGUUUCGUUGUGCAGGGCAUCUGCUGAUUUGCGAGCCCAUAAUGAACCCCGGGAGGCUGCGGCAGGUCGUAGGCCGUCUCACGAGGAUCGGCCAGUUGGCGCAGCAGGUGUCAGUCCAGCUUUUUUUCGUAGAAAACACAAUUGAACAUCGGAUCCUUCGGCUCCAUCCACCCGUAGGGCUCGGUGACAACCGCAGUUCCUCAGCAGUAGAGGAAACGACACUUUUUUAUGAGGGGCUUCCCCCACAAGUGUCUCAACAAAAUCAGACGAACAAAUUUAACGCUAAUAAUGCUUUGUCCAUCCUCGGACUAAGCUCAGAGGAGCUUAGAUGA